CCCGCAGUUCUCAAACCCUUUCAAGUCUGGGAUUUCGCCACAAAUCAGCAAUCUCCGAACCCUAACCCUGAUCCUACCAGCCAUGGCUGAAAGACCUGGAGGAGAACGCGGUGGCUUUCGCAGAGGAUUUGGUGGUGGAAGAGGCGAUCGGGGUGGAAGAGGAGAUCGUGGUGGAAGAGGCCGCCGCCGUGCGCGUCGUGAGGAGGAGGAGAAAUGGGUCCCUGUGACUAAGCUGGGCCGUCUGGUCAGGGAAGGAAAGAUCCGCAGCUUGGAGCAAAUCUACCUCCACUCCCUGCCAAUCAAGGAGCACCAGAUAGUUGAUACUCUGGUAGGUCCUUCUCUCAAGGACGAAGUCAUGAAGAUCAUGCCCGUUCAGAAGCAGACUCGGGCAGGGCAGAGGACUCGAUUCAAGGCUUUCGUUGUUGUUGGUGACGGCAACGGGCAUGUGGGGCUCGGAGUUAAGUGCUCGAAGGAGGUGGCGACUGCUAUCAGGGGCGCUAUUAUUCUGGCGAAGCUUUCGGUGAUUCCUGUAAGGAGAGGGUACUGGGGGAACAAGAUCGGGAAGCCUCACACUGUGCCCUGCAAGGUUACUGGGAAGUGUGGGUCGGUCACUGUCAGGAUGGUUCCUGCCCCUCGUGGUGCCGGAAUUGUCGCUGCUAGAGUGCCGAAGAAGGUGUUGCAAUUCGCCGGGAUAGAUGAUGUCUUCACCUCUUCAAGGGGUUCAACCAAGACUCUUGGAAACUUUGUCAAGGCCACUUUCGAAUGUCUUCUGAAAACAUAUGGUUUCUUGACACCUGAUUUCUGGAGGGAAACCCGCUUCACCAAGUCUCCUUUCCAGGAAUAUACCGAUCUCUUGGGAAAGCCGACGAAGCCCCUCAUUCUCGAUGAGGUUGAGAAAGUAGAACCAUAAGAGAGAUUGGAAGUUACCUUUUUUAAUCAAGAUGUCCUAGUUUUGCAAGAGUAGCCCGUAUGAGUUGUCCUAUAUGUUAAAACAAUUAAGUACUAUUUUUUCCCCCUGUUCUCUGUUUUGGGAGUUUUUGACAUUUGGUAUUUUGUUUAUCACUGGCCUGUUGUUAUUUUCUGCCAAAUCAAAUGGGUUGCUAUCACAUGAAUCUUGUUUUAACUUAAGUGUUCUGAAUUAGUUGUUUCUCGCAACUGGAUUUUAC